AUGGCACUCCUUCUUGACCGCUGCGGAGACCAGAUCGCUAUUACCGACGAGGUAGUGGAGGCUGCAGCUCGAAACGUAGGGAACGGCGAAGCAGUGAUGGCACUCCUUCUCGACCGCUGCGGAGACCAGAUCGCUAUUACCGACGAGGUAGUGGAGGCUGCAGCUCGAAACGUAGGGAACGGCGAAGCAGUGAUGGCACUCCUUCUCGACCGCUGCGGAGACCAGAUCACUAUCACUGAUGAGGUUGUUCAAGCUGCGGCUGGAAACUGGUUUAAUGGCGAAGCAAUGAUGGUACUCCUUCUCGACCGCUGCGGAGACCAGAUCACCAUCACUGAUGAGGUAGUGGAGGCUGCAGCUCGAAACGUAGGGGACGGCGAAGCAGUGAUGGCACUCCUUCUCGUCCGCUGCGGAGACCAGAUCACUAUCACCGAUGAGGUGGUAAAAGCUGCGGCUGGAAACGAGGGGAAUGGCGAAGCAAUGAUGGCACUCCUUCUCGAUCGGUGCGGAGACCAGAUCACUAUCACCGACGAGGUAGUGGAGGCUGCAGCUCGAAACGUAGGAGACGGCGAAGCAGUGAUGGCACUCCUUCUCGACCGGUGUGGAGACCAGAUCACUAUCACCGACGAGGUAGUGGAGGCUGCAGCUCGAAACGUAGGAGACGGCGAAGCAGUGAUGGCACUCCUUCUCGACCGGUGUGGAGACCAGAUCACUAUCACCGACGAGGUAGUGGAGGCUGCAGCUCGAAACGUAGUGGACGGCGAAGCAGUGAUGGCACUCCUUCUCGACCGGUGUGGAGACCAGAUCACUAUCACUGAUGAGGUUGUUCAAGCUGCGGCUGGAAACGAGGAGAAUGGCGAAGCAGUGAUGGCACUCCUUCUCGACCGGUGCGGAGACCAGAUCACUAUCACUGAUGAGGUUGUUCAAGCUGCGGCUGGAAACGAGGAGAAUGGCGAAGCAGUGAUGGCACUCCUUCUCGACCGGUGCGGAGACCAGAUCACUAUCACCCACGACGUGGUAUCUACUAUUGGUGGGGCCUUUCGCGAAAGAUUAACUAGACAACUUCUCGACCGCUCCAUAGACUAG